CUUAUUUGGUUUGCUGGUGGUCUUAGAGAUUUUUAGAUCGAUAUUUCUCAGCAGGGUCGGCAAAGGCAUGUGCGCAGAAAAAUACACGGAAAAUGUGACUAGAAUAGUUUUAAUGACUUGCGCUCGCAAAUGGGCGUAAGGACAAGGGGCAUUCUUGUUAGUUUGGGACUGUUAUCUCAGCUGAUCCGGCAUCGGGACAGUUGUCUCAUUCAUGCUGGAGCGGUUGCGCUGAGAGGACCGUCAGAAGCUCCUGUCUGCCAUCAACAUGUAAACGAACGCCGUUCUAACGUGGAUGAAAGAAAACCGACUUAACCAUGCGCAGACGCUCGUACCAAUGGAUACGCGUUCGACUCGUCCUGGAGAUGUCUGGGACUCUUUGAUGUACAUGUCGGUUUCUUUUUUGAAAGCCUGCCACUGUGGGAAAUAUUCCGCCGUUCGGAAGUAUUUGAUUAUAGCCGUGGUGUGCUUCGUUUAUUUGUUUUUCACCGUUCACGUUAGUCGCAGGUCUGCCCGCCAGGACAAACGUUCUGAUCCGUGGACUGGAAACGGCGUUUAUUCCCAGAGCAGAAAUGACCGGGACCCCUCCGACGGGGAGCUGAACGAAUCGGUGAGCCCGACCAGGUCUAAUGUGGUGUACAUUACGCUCAAAUCUAAGCGGCACAAACCAGCCAUAAUAAGGGGCACAGUGCGACCCAAACUCCGGAGAGAAAAAGUUAAAGCGAGACAGCAGGGUGGCAGGAAGGACGAGGGGCACAGCACCAGCGCCGUUAAAAAACCACUGGGAUAUUCUGAGCUCGAUGGCAGUGACGCUGGGUUUUCAACUAUAAGGAUAUACAGCGAAAGAGCUCCUCCGUGGUUCAGCAACGACGAUAUCGCUGCCAUGCGCUUUUUAGCCGAUAGUAAAAUCACCCACAUUGAUGAAGUGGCACCGCGGGGCUUCUCUUCUUUAAUUUUAUUUAAAAGUGCGACAAAUGGCACGGAUGAUGUUGAGGAGUGUCGUGAAUGCUGCGGUGUUGUCAAGCGACCCUUGGACACGAGCGAGGUGUUCGCCUUUCAUCUGGACAGGAUCUUGGGACUGAACAGAACUUUGCCAGCUGUCAGCAGACGAUUCCACUCUCUUGGAGAUGGUCAGCCUUGUCCGGUGGUUUUGUGGGAUCCAUCUUUAAGCCCAGUAGUAGAUCAACCUUCUGAAAGGUUGAACUGGGCUUCAUAUCAAUCCUCUCUCAAACACAAGUGCUGGCAUCGGGGUAUCAUACCUAAACCAGAGUGGAGCUGCACCAGCAUCGGCCACCAUGAAUGGAGCAAGCUGGUAGUUUUUGAUUUUCUCCUACAGAUUUAUGAACGUCUAGAUAAAAACUGCUGUGGAUUUAAGCCUCGUCCAGAGGACACCUGUGUUGAGCUUGGUGACCAUGAAGAAUGUAGAGACAAGGACAGCAUAGAGCUGAGACACAUAGUCCACCGCAAACAUGACCCACACCACCUGGUUUUCUUCAACAACAAGGGCUACUUUGACCGAGACGAGGGGAAUCUGAACUUCAGGCUACUAGAAGGAAUUAAAGAGCUACCAGAUCAGUCCGUGUCGGUGCUGAGGUCUCAGCGUCUCAGGGAAAAGCUCCUGCAAUCGCUGUUUCUCGACCAGCAGUACUGGGACAGUCAAGGCGGCCGUCAAGGCAUUGAAAAACUCAUUGACGUAAUUGAGAGAAGAGCCAAAGUCUUGCUCACGUACAUUAAUGCUCAUGGGAUUAAAGUAGUACCUAUGAACUCCUGACAGAUGGAGCUUCAGCUUUCCGUGUGUAAGAUGAACCGCAAACCUUUUGGUUUCCAAUGAACGUUGAUGAUUUCGACAGAUUAGUAUGCCAUCGAAGUCCUGCUGAAUUGAAGCUCUUUCAGUAAAAAAUUGUAUGCACUACAGAAAUUAAGAUGUAAGUGCUGCUCCUAUUUAUGAAGUGAGGGAAUUAUAGUUACAGGGCUAAAGUUUGCCCCUACUGACAUUCCACAAGUUAAAGGCAUUGUAAGUGAUAUGCUUUUUCGUUAACCUCUACCAGCCUUAGCUUCUGAAUUCAACUGCUUCAUCUGUCCAAAAUCCCACCCACUAAUGACAUGUCAGCAAACCUGAUGUAACCGAUUUGAAUGCUCAAACCGAGUCUUUCGGUUAGCUGCACAUUAAUGUCCCACAUCUAGCCUGUUUAAUGUUUACAGAGCUGUAAGGUUGUCACAGAGAGCAGCUCAGUUUCAUAGGACACCUGUUUUAGUUACGUCAAAGAUGUGUGCUAUUCCAUAAACAAUAUCAAAGCACUUUUAA